AUGCCCGACACUGCCCCAACGCCGUCCACGGCGUCUUCGACAGAUGUAGAGGCUGUCGCGGUAAAACUGCCGAAUGGUGGUGAAGAAAUCGUGGCAAAGGAAACGAAAGAGGAGGAGGAUGGUAAUUUGGUGUCAUGGAACGGUCCGGACGACCCUGAGAACCCCCAGAAUUACUCUACGCCCUACAAGUUCUUCGUCACUGGCAUUUGGAUCUACGGCAACUUGUGCGCCACGCUUGCUAGCAGUAUCUGGAGCAGUGGCUCAAAGCAAAUCACAGCUGAAUUCCAUCAGAGUACGAUCGUCGUGACUUUGGGGAUCAGUCUUUUCCUGCUCGGAUUCUCCAUCGGUCCUCCCCUAUGGGGACCUACAUCGGAACGUUUCGGCCGCAAGUGGCCGAUGACCACGGGCAUGCUUCUCUUCACCGUCUUCACCAUUCCGGUAGCUGUCGGUAAGAACAUUGAGACUCUCCUUAUUUCUCGGUUCUUCCAGGGCGCUUUCGGCGCGGCCCCUCUGUCCCUUGCUGCCGGUGGCAUUGUCGAUAUAUGGAGCCCGGAGAAUAGAGGCAUUGCCAUUGCAGCCUGCAUUGGUACGAUUUUCGGAUCACCCGUCUUGGCCCCCAUCAUCGGCAACUUCGUCGCCGCAUCGUACCUCGGGUGGCGAUGGUGCCAUUGGCUAAGCGCCAUCAUGGGUGGGAGUGCUGUGCUGCUGGUUCUAUUCUGUCUGCCCGAGACACUGGCUUCCAAGAUUCUGCAGGCGCGCGCCGUCAAGCUGCGCAAGUCAGGCGAGAAACCGGAGGCAAGAACGAUAUACGAUAACAAGAAGCAUAUGGGCAUGGCAGAUGUCGCACGUAUUUACUUCAUGCGCCCGUUUGCCCUGUUAGCUACCGAGCCGAUCCUCGUCCUCAUCACAGUCUAUCAGUCCUUCAUCUACGGCAUUCUCUACCUCGUUUUCGUCUCGUACCCCAUCGAAUACGUCGAGAUCCGUCACUGGUCGCUGGGCCUUAGCGCACUUCCCUUUCUAGGCCUGUCGGUCGGCGUCCUCCUCGGCGCCGCGGGAGUGAUUUGGCAUACGAAGACGAAGUUUACGGCCUCGGUCCGCGCUAACGGCGGCAAAGUCAUUCCAGAGAAGCGGCUGCCGACCAUGAUCAUCGGGGGUUGCAUCGUGCCCGCUGGGUUGUUCAUAUUCGCCUGGACCGCGAACCCGUCGAUCCCUUGGCCCGGUCAGGUCAUCGGCAGCAUCCCCACGGGUGCAGGCAUGUACAUGAUUUUCGUUCAGUGUUUCAACUACUUAGUCGACGUCUACGCUCCUAUAGCGAAUAGUGCGCUUGGUGGUAACAUGCUUAUCCGAAGUUCCUUCGCCGCCGCCUUCCCGCUCUUCGGGCCGUAUCUGUACCAUAACCUGGGCGUAUCGUGGGCGACUAGCACGUUGGCCUUUAUCAGUAUCGCAUUGAUUCCUAUCCCCAUUUUCUUCUACGUAUACGGAGCGCGCAUUCGGUCGUGGUCCAAGAAUAGCGUUUCAACGCACUAA